AUGGAGAAGGAUCCAGAUGUCCGCUUGUCCAAAGCCCUCUCUUAUGCCCUGCGCCAUGGUGCAGACAAGUUGGGUUUAGGCAUGGGACCUGAUGGCUUUGUGGACGUGGCCGAGGUCCUCCGCUUGCCCCAGUUUAGGCCGUGGUCCCUGGAAGACGUCCAGCGGGUUGUAGAAACAAAUGACAAGCAACGGUUCUCCCUGCGCCCGCACUCUUCCAGCGGGCACCUCCAAAUCCGGGCCAAUCAGGGGCACUCGCUGGAGGUCUCUGAACUGGAGCUGAUCCCACUGCUGCGCCUGUCAGAUUUCCCAGAGGUGGUGGCCCAUGGCACUUACCUGCGCCACUGGCCAGCAAUUCGCCGGAGUGGCCUCUCCCGGAUGGGGAGAGCUCACAUCCACUUAGCUCCGGGUUUGCCCGGGGAUACAACGGUCUUGAGCGGAAUGCGGAAGAACUGCGAGGUGGCUGUAGUCAUCAACAUCGCCAAAGCUCUGGCAGAUGGAAUCACGUUUUUCCGCUCGGCGAACGGCGUCAUCCUCACGCCAGGCAACGAAAACGGUCUCCUCCUCCCUUGUUACUUCCAAGAAGCCCUACAGCUUCGACCUACGCGCUGUCGGCUGCCUCCCGAGUGAUCUGGUCUCCAGCCACGGAAUCUCAUUGUGCCUACCUCACCUCCGUGCCUCCUGAGAGAAGAAUUUAUGGCUUGCAUGGACUAUUUGUUGCCAAACAAGAAACCUUGCUUUUGAAAUAAAACCCCCCUUGUCUUCUGCCUAAGUGGAGUAAUGGAACAAGGAGGGCGAAAGCCUCAGGAGCUUUCAAGAGCAGUGAAUUCUUGCAAAGUGUCUCUAUUGUAAUGCAAACUAUUUCAGGGCAGCUCCGUCUUCAAUUUAUUUAUUUAACUUAUAUGCCGCCCACUCUACCCAAACAUUUCUGGCUGGCUUACAACAAUU